UGACUCUCAGUUCGGGUCGAGUUAGCAACACAACAGCACUGCAAAACGGACACAAAAUUUUAGUGAUAUAUGGUAUUAACAUUCAACUGUUAACACAGUAGUCAAAACAAUAAGCGCAAUAAAACUCUCUUUCUCUCCUUCCACGCGGAAUACUUUAUAAGAGAGUUAAUUUAAAGGAUAUCAACAAAAUAAGACACGUUCUCAUACCAUGGGCUGGGACUUUAAAUCAGCAAGAGAUCAGCACAAGCACAGUACAACGAAGGAAAUACAUAACAAUUUUUCUGCCAAAACGUCAAUGUUGGAGGAGGACAUCGAAAUCAAGGAUAACUAUCAACAAAGCCAUAAAACUCAAGCGGCAAAAGCAACCGCUGAGCAUUUGAAAGCAGCAGUUCAAGUGCUUUUAGCGGAACAACAACAAUCGUUUUUUCAAAUAGCGCAUGACAACAAGGGCGCGUUGGCUACACGCAAAGCCAUUUUUACAAUCAAUAUUCAGACGCAGCCAAGCUCUUUGCAAACAAAUUGCUCCAAUUGCUACAGCCACAGCCAAAAAAUUAAAAAAAAUGAGCAGUGGGGAUUCCGACGCUGUCGUUGGUAUCAGAAUUAUACGUCGUCCGGAGGAUGUGGCAGCUGCUCAGGCAAAUGUAAUGAGAUUACUGCAGAAUCAUCACUGGCUGGAAUACCCACCUGCCACAUUCAGGCUGACAUAGCAAAUGCUUCAGAAGAGCAAAGCUUACGGCGCCAAAUACAAGAGAAUAAGGUAGACAAUGGAGGUAUGGAGCGAUCAUUUACCUAUCUAACUUUAUGUAUAAGCAAUAUUGCCAGAGGUGUAGUACCCGUAACUAUGUCAGCCGCAAUUAUAUCCACUCUGAGCACCACCUUAGCUGCCGGAUAUCAGUAUCUGGCACAGCAUUAUAAGCAAUAUAGCCAAUCAUUCAGCUUCUAUGCGGCUUCCAGUGUUAUACUGAUGUUGUGCUAUCUGACGACGCCAUCGACGGCCGCAUCCACACAAUCGGAGACAGUUGCCAUCGAUAAGCAUCCUAUCAUCGAUUGGUCAAAAUUCGACGAGUCCAGUUCAGAUAAAGAGAUUUUGGAUUUAUUACUUGAGAAAAAACGCUAUGAUAAACGAUUACUGCCGCCUGUCAAUGAUGAGGACUUUUGCUGUGGUUUGCAAUCGCCCGACAUGGCCACAAAUCAUAACGAACGGAGAACACAUAAUCGCGGCACGCUGACGGUUAAUGUUAAUGUGUUGCUUUUAAGCUUGGCAUCACCCGAUGAGAGCAGCUUGAAAUAUGAAGUGGAGUUUCUACUGAAUCAGCAAUGGAACGAUCCACGCUUGCAAUAUGGCAAUAAGUCUCACUACGAUUUCUUAAAUGCUUUGCAUCAUCAUGAUAGUAUCUGGACGCCUGACACAUAUUUCAUUAUGCAUGGCGAUUUCAAGGAUCCCAUCAUACCAAUGCAUUUCGCUUUAAGAAUAUUUCGAAACGGGACCAUUACAUACGCAAUGAGACGACACUUAAUACUGUCUUGUCAGGGAAGUCUGCAUAUAUUCCCAUUCGAUGAUCCGAAGUGCUCGUUCUCAAUGGAAAGCAUUUCUUAUGAAGAAGCACAAAUUAAAUAUGUUUGGAAAAAUGAUGAGGACACAUUACGAAAAAGCCCCUCAUUGACAACAUUAAAUGCAUAUUUGAUUAAAAAUCAAACAACAGCCUGUGAUCAAAAUAGUUGGAGAGGGAACUACAGCUGCCUUAGGGUCGAUUUAAUCUUUACGAGAGAUCGUGCGUUCUAUUUUACCACCGUUUUUAUACCUGGCAUUAUAUUGGUGACGUCAUCUUUUAUAACAUUCUGGCUAGAAUGGAAUGCAGUGCCUGCUAGAUCAAUGAUAGGAAAUUACAGUUGCCUACAGGUCGAAAUGACAUUUACCCGUGAUCGUGCAUAUUAUUUUACAACCGUUUUCAUACCUGGCAUUAUAUUGGUCACCUCGUCGUUUAUCACAUUUUGGCUAGAGUGGAAUGCAGUACCAGCACGGGUUAUGAUCGGCGUGACAACAAUGUUGAAUUUCUUCACUACCUCGAAUGGUUUCCGCAGCACCUUACCCGUAGUCUCCAAUUUAACAGCAAUGAACGUGUGGGACGGCGUUUGCAUGUGCUUCAUUUACGCCUCUUUACUGGAAUUUGUUUGUGUCAAUUAUGUGGGACGCAAGCGACCGCUGCACAAUGUCGUCUAUCGCCCCGGAGAAAACCCCGUAACACAGCGACUUCCAGCAGUACUAAGCAGGAUCGGAGUUAUUCUUGCAAGUCCUUUGGCAAGUACGGUUGGCACAUCAGAGAUGACCAAUACCCCGCUUCCAAUGAGCAUAGCCACCUCCAAGUCCGCAGCGAGCACCGAGAUUGGGCAACCGGAGACUGAAUUUCUAAGCGGUAUGCGGUGGCAGGAAGCGCAUGGUGGAAUCAUUGGUGCAGCAGUUCAAAAUUUGCGGGCACGUUCGAUCAAAAAUAAGAGCGGCCAUCAAGCCACAAAGAGCGCGUCAUCGAAAUCAUCGACAUUGGCUAUGUUGAAUACCGAUCAUAUUUAUGAUGAACCAGCAAUGGAUAAAACCAGGACGAAUUUGACUGUAACAAAUAUUAAGCUUGAAGAUAUGAAAGAAAAACCCUUGUUACGCAGCUCUAUUGCGACAAGCACACCAGCAUUGGUUGUACGAAUAGACGAAAAUGAUGUAGAAGAAGAAAAGGAACAACCGCAAGGGCAACCUUUACCAAUUCUCGAAAUAUCUGAUAACAAACGACAAUUAAAUUUGCCAUUGAAGCCACCCCGCAAAAAAUCUUCCCGCUCUAAUUCACCAAACAGCACAUACGUGACGGAUAUGGAAUCAGAAAUGAUAAACAGGAUGAAAACGGCGGUAGCUAAAGCUGAAGCUGAAGCUACAGUAGAAAAUGGCGAAAAACGACGCGAUGUCGGAGCACCAAAUGAGAUUGUGGCAUGCACAACGUGUGGCAGCAGUAAUAGCCCAUGUACCCAUUCGGCCAAUAAUGGGUGUGCCACAGAAACCUGUUUUGUUCAGAUGCGCAAAAAGGAGCCGCCGCAUCCGAUACGCGUGGCUAAAACGAUUGAUGUCAUUGCUAGAAUAACAUUUCCAACAGCCUAUGCCAUUUUUCUGAUAUUUUUCUUUGUACACUAUAAGGGUUUUUCAUAAAAAUAAGUUAAAAUAAACACCAAUAAACAAGCGCUUAACUAAACAAAAAGAAUUAUUAAGUAAUCUUCAAAUGUGGUAAAUGCAUAUAAUUACUAUAUAAUAAUUGUCACGCCCAUAAGUAAGUAGA